AUGCAAACCGCUAGGAAGUCCACCGGAGGAAAGGCAGCAAGGAAGCAGUUGGCCACCAAGGCAGCUAAGAAAUCGGCUACGGAGACCGGAGGAGUGAAGGAGCCACACAGGUUCCGUCCCGGAACAACUGAGAGAAGUCAGAAAAGGCUGGUGAGGGAGAUUGCCCAGGAUUUCAAGACGGAUCUCAGGUUCCAGAGCUCUGCCGUGGCGGCACUGCAGGAAGCUGCUGUGGUUUACCUUGUUGGACUGUUGGAGGAUACCAAUUUGUGCGCUAUUCAUGCCAAGAGGGUUACCAUUAUGCCCAGGGAUAUCCAGCUUGUGAGAGGGCUUAAGGAGUUUGUUGACUUGGUUCUACAAUUUCCUAGUUCCAGGGCUGAAACAGCGGAUAAGUCUAGUUCUCUGGGAAAGCCUGAGUAUGAAGUCUCUGGUUCUUUUAAUUCCUAUGAUGGUGAAGCAGUGUUGAAUGGCCAUUGA